CUCUCGCUCUCUUGCUACACACAGCGGGUGAGGGCGCAGAGACCGGUUCUGGGGAGGAGGCACGCGGGAGCACACACACACACGCACACGCACACACACACACACUUGCUCGCACACACGCACACGCCAGCCUGCGGGCUUGGCCAGAGCCCUGAAGUCGCAGAUCCUACUAGGAAAUCGCCAGAGGCGCUGGAAGAAGUGGAAGAGCGCGGCUCACAGACUCUAAUUACUACUUCCCCGACACUCGGGUGAAGAAAUGAAGCCCGCCCAGCUCUUCGCCAUAUCCAGGUCUCCUUUCUGUUUCGGUGUCCACAGUCAUCUCCCUGAAAGCCAGAUCCCGGGAGAAGGAGAGCGGGUGACCAGCUGCGGACUCUAAGCUGUGCACCUCGCGCCGGAGCGGGUCCAACUUGAGCCCGCCAAAGGCUCCUCGCUCCGGCCAGACUCCACCAGAUCGCAGCCACGGGUGACUAAGUCAGCUACAGGUUUAAAUGUUUAUUUGGACACUUGGUAACUGAACACAAAAUGAAUAACUCAACAAACUCAACUAACAAUGGCUUGGCUAUUACCAGUCCUUACAAGACUUUUGAAGUGGUAUUUAUUGUCCUUGUGGCUGGAUCCCUCAGUCUGGUGACCAUCAUUGGGAACAUCCUGGUCAUGGUUUCCAUUAAAGUCAACCGUCACCUUCAGACAGUCAACAAUUACUUCUUGUUCAGCCUUGCCUGUGCUGACCUCAUCAUAGGUGUUUUCUCCAUGAACUUGUACACUCUCUACACUGUGAUUGGCUACUGGCCUUUGGGACCUGUCGUAUGUGACCUUUGGCUAGCCUUGGACUAUGUGGUCAGCAACGCCUCUGUUAUGAAUUUGCUCAUCAUCAGUUUCGAUAGGUACUUCUGCGUCACAAAACCUCUGACCUACCCAGUUAAGCGGACCACCAAAAUGGCAGGCAUGAUGAUUGCAGCGGCCUGGGUCCUUUCCUUCAUCCUCUGGGCUCCAGCCAUUCUCUUCUGGCAGUUCAUCGUAGGGGUGAGGACUGUGGAGGACGGGGAGUGUUACAUCCAGUUCUUUUCCAAUGCCGCUGUCACCUUUGGCACUGCCAUUGCAGCCUUCUAUCUGCCUGUCAUCAUCAUGACUGUGUUGUAUUGGCAUAUAUCCCGGGCAAGUAAGAGCAGGAUAAAGAAGGAAAAGAAGGAACCUGUGGCCAACCAAGAUCCAGUGUCUCCAAGUCUGGUGCAAGGAAGAAUUGUAAAACCAAACAACAACAACAUGCCGGGUGGUGACAGUGGUCUGGAGCACAACAAAAUUCAGAACGGCAAGGCUCCCCGGGAUGGUGUGACUGAGAACUGCGUUCAGGGAGAGGAGAAGGAGAGCUCAAAUGACUCCACCUCCGUCAGUGCUGUGGCCUCCAAUAUGAGGGAUGACGAAAUAACCCAGGACGAAAACACAGUUUCUACUUCUGUGGGCCAUUCCAAAGAUGACAACUCUAAGCAAACGUGCAUCAAAAUUGUCACCAAGACCCAAAAAGGUGAUUCGUGCACCCCAGCGACUACCACUGUAGACCUAGUGGGAUCAUCAGGUCAAAACGGGGAUGAGAAGCAGAACAUUGUGGCGCGCAAGAUUGUGAAGAUGACCAAGCAGCCUGCCAAAAAGAAGCCUCCUCCGUCCCGGGAAAAGAAGGUGACCAGGACAAUCUUGGCUAUUCUGUUGGCUUUCAUCAUCACCUGGGCGCCAUACAAUGUCAUGGUGCUCAUCAAUACCUUCUGUACACCCUGCAUCCCCAAUACGGUGUGGACAAUUGGCUACUGGCUCUGUUACAUCAAUAGCACCAUCAACCCGGCCUGCUAUGCACUUUGUAAUGCCACCUUCAAAAAGACUUUUAAGCACCUCCUUAUGUGUCACUACAAGAACAUAGGCGCUACACGGUAAAAGACCUUUACGAAAGAAGAACUGCUUUCAAGUGGGACUUGGGAUGAAGAACAGAGGCAAGAAAGCUCUCUGUUUAUAGUGAUCUGUCAUUGCACUUUACAGGCUCACUGCAAAUGUGCAGUUAAGGAACUCUACAGUGACACUCUUACCGUGCCCAUGCUCCAGUUUGAAGAAAAAAAACAAGUAAACUUGUACCUUAUAAACGCUGCCAGUUUAGGAGACAAUGAAAGAGACACGGUGAAAUUGUGGGUCUGAGAAACAAUCUAUGCUAUCUCCUACUCUCUUGAAGAAGGGCUUCUGAAUCUGCAAUUUCAUGUCUCUGCACAAGAAGAGUGACCUUGUUUGUACUUCCUGUUGUCCCCGUGUGUCUAGAUGAGGAAGAAAUGUCCUGCUAACACAGAGACCCAGACACAAGGAAGCAGACGCUAUACAAUGAGUGAUAUGAAGAAAGAAAAUCAAAGAGGAAGUGGAGACAAUCUGCAGAGCAUUGAGCACAUUCUAGGCUAUGCUGUGCUCUCUGAUAGGUUUCAGUGUAAUCGCUGCUUAUUUCUUCUCUCCCCCCCCUUUCCCAACAUGAAAAGCAAGAAAUCAUAACAACGAAAACCCAGCUAGGUCAUACUAUUUUUUCUACUAUUUUUGUAGGUUCUGGUUUUAUAUUGGGUAUGGCUAAUACCUGCAGGACUUCUCCUUAAUCUGGCCAGAGUCAGCCAUAAAAAUGGGCGCUCUGCCUCUCCCCACUGUGUCCUUGCAUUGCUCGAGGGUGUACACGCCUAUUAGGAUUUCAUUCACUUGAGUUCCUUUGUGUGGAAUAUUUUCAUCCAUCUGGAUUUUCUUCUAAACUAACCUAUCUUAACAGAUUAGUCUGCCUAAGACAUAAAUAUGCUUGGGAAACCAAAGUCAUUUAAAAUUAAAUUUUAAUUACUUUAGAAAAUGGCCAGUCUAGUUGGGGAAAGUUCACUGAGGCCAGAUGAAUUUUGAAAUGAGAAAACAGAAGGUCAGAAGGGUGAUCUGUUUGAAAUGGAACCAUCCUGACCCAUGUGUCUGACCAUGUUAAAGUGUACAACAUGAACUCCCGAGAGUCAGCAGGAAGACGAUGCUGCUUUGCUCAUUUGAAAUCUUAAACAAGAUUAGUUUACUGUGUCAACCCCAAGAAGAAAAGACAUUAUACUCCAUGUCUGUUAAUAGAUGAUAUUCAAAUUAUACUCAAAUGGGUUUUCUAUAACCAAGCUAAGACAUGGGGGUGGGGGAAAGGGCCAUGCAGAAAACAUUUACUGAUAUUACCUGUUUCAUGUUCUUCAAAUUGUCUUCAAAUCUCUGUAAGAUUAUAUUGCUUCAAAAUUCUCUAAUCAGGAGAGUUACAUUAAUCUCUGUGGUAUAAAUAUAGUGGAUAGCCAAACAGUGGCAAAACAUGCCCACAGGAUCUGAUGGGAGCGUUUAUGUGGUUUUAGUCAUGCCAUUUUUCUUCACUGUAUAAUCUGAUCACAGAUAGCUGUCACAGACAUGAUUAGUAAAGAAUAACAUUAAACAGAUCAUGUCUGUGUAGGAAAUCCAUUCUUGAUACUCUAAAUAAAUACAGAAUUAUAUCGCCCCACAUUUAACUAGUUAUUUUUGUCUUCAUAUAUUUUCUCCCAUUAUAUGUAAUGGUCUUCCAAUCAAAUUUUCUAAGUGUGGGCCUAAUGGAUAGAAAUUAAAGUUAUAAAUUCCUUUUUUCAAAGCUCAGAAUUUCACUGAUAAGCUUUGAUUACUUCUCUGUCCACCCCAAGAUUGUUGCAACUCAAAUUGAUCAGUCUGAAGUCCUAAGACUUAUUAAAGUUAUUUUGUGUGGUUUUGCACAACAGCAUCAUCUCACCAAGUGGAAGACAAGGAAUAUGACAACAGCAACAAAAAGUGUUAUAAGCUAAUAAGAAGUAAAUCACUAAUGAUGUAUGUAUUUAUCCUUAAUGAACAUAACUUCUUGUUUGAGUAAUUUCGGUUGUUUUUACCUGCAAAUCUCCUAUGCGUAAAUAUAGCAUUGGUUCAAACAGAUUAAUUUAGUCUAUAAUUAGUUGAUGUAGUUCCUUUAGUUCAGAAUCACUAAAAUAUAAAUUCUGAAUUUUAAGACCACAUUCAUUUUUUGUGUUGUUUCUUCAACUAGUUGAGUGGAGAGGACUUCAUUCCAAUGUGCUUCUUGAUCUCCUGUAAGAAAAGUGAUCCAUUAGCUAACUUUCAUUUUAAAUUUGUUAUAUACCGUUGCGAUGCAGACAUGGCUUCCAUCAGAACCACCGCUUUGGAAGCCAGGAUUCAGGGUUUCUCUCUGUUUAGUUUAAACCCAACUCACCAUGAGCCAAUCUUUGUCUUGCUCUGUGUCUCUAUUGUAUCCUUCCCUUGGUGCAUUCUGAUAAUUUGCCACAGCUUCCAUGACUUUAUUCAAUGGAAAUCUGUCAAAGUCGCGAAAAGAAUGAAGACAGACCAACAACCACGGACACUUUCUCUACCAGGAUCAGAAGAUAAAGGAAGGACAUUGACAUAAUUAGAGUGAGACUGUCUUCAGACAUCUGUCUCUGUUGUUGCUGGCCUUGCUUGUUUUUAUGACUCUCAAGCAGAGGCAAUUUUUACCCUAUGGACACUUAGUGAUCCGUUGAGCUGUUUUUAUCGUCACAAGUGGGAAUAGGUAUUUGUAUGUAAUGAGAAGGGAGUUUGAAUGCUGCUGCACAGGUUAUAAUGCACAAGAUAGGCUUCCUCAUCCCAUCCCAAAGAAAAUGAUCUGGCUCAAAAUGGCAACGGUACCAGGACUGAGAAAGACUGGUUUCUAAUAAGGAAUUUCCGGAGCUUCCUUUCUUAAUCCUUCAUCAUAUACAAAAGGAUUAAUGCAAAUUGCUUACUUGUUAGACUAAAGCAAAACUCACUCAUCAUCUAACAGAAACACUCCCCCACUAACUAUGGGAUUUGGAAUUCACAGAUAAAAGCACAGACCACAUCUACACAUCAAAACCAGCAGCUCUCACCCACCGGGAACAUCUGGUUACAGCAUGAUGGAUGCUAGUUGAGAGACUGCAGCGCUGGCCAUGAACAUAGCUGCUUCUAGUCUGAAAACACCUUUCUUUUUCAAACUAACGAAGAGCCCUUUAAAGAAACAACAUGACUCAUCUUCUUUGCUUUCCUUGGAAAUGUCAGUAGCUUUCAAUCCUUUAUUUCUUUUCUCCUUGUAGCGAUAAUGUAACUAUCCCAGAGCGGUAUUGUAAAAAGAGAAGAUUAAGAGUAUGAAAAGAACCAGUUUAUGUCUGGAGAAAAGGACUGAUUGCCUCUUGAUCAGUUCAUCAUUCCCUUAAUGACAGAUUCUAACUAUUAAGACAAGGUCAUCAACGUAGUAAGUAAUCUGCCACAUCCUUUCACUGUCUUCCACUCACUGCUUUUGAUCCUGAAGAAAUGGCGUGAGGGGAGACUGAAUUUCAAAAUGAUGCCAACAGUUAUUCGGCAGUGCAGUCAACCUUUAUUUUUUAUUUAGUUCAUGGAUAGUUGCUCCCCUCCUCAAUUUGCCAAGAUCUCUGUCAGCCACCAUAACACUGGUGUUGCAAAUAGAUUAGGAAGGCACCCACAGCUGGAUAAACUUGUGCAACUUAUAUUCUCAGCAUGUACAUACAACUCCAUGCCUCUCCAGUAGGCUUCCCUUUAAAAGGGUGCACGCUGUAGCAUGAACUCUGUGUAUAUUUAAUCUAUCUUCCCGUAAUAUGCUGUAUGCUUCCUAUAUAUAUUCUAUAAAUAAAAUGUAUAAUAGAAAUACAUAUUUCUGUAUGCAAAUA